AUGGACUUCUCAAUACCGCCAGGGUUGCCUGUGAAGGAAGUCACAAAACUCCAAGAGCUCACACAGGAAUACCAUGAUGGAGAUGUCACCAUGAAAGGCUACAACAGGAAGAGACAGGAAAUAUUAGAGAGAGGCGGACUGUCUGGAACUCCUAUCGGGUCACCAACCUCUAAUGUAAAGCGCUAUCCAGGCCAUGCCAGAAACCAUAGUUUGGCCUCCACUGUACGAUCACGGCGAUCGCAAACAACACCCCAAAAAGACAACUACACCGUUGAUACCUCGUCCUUGCUGAGUUCGCGACAAAACUCACUUUCCAUGUACAAAGUCACUACCCGAAACUCAAGCUCGUUAAACAGCAAAGCUAGCCCUAUCAAGUCGCUCGGGGAAAGCGGUGCGGCCGAACCUACCUCCCCCAUUUACAAGCCGAUGGUCCCUCUGUUGCCACGAACCGAGAGCGCACCUAUGUCGGAUUCAUUGCCUUACAUUCUCAGGGCCCGCUCGCAGCUAUAUGAACGGGAAGCUGCAUUCAUCAGUAUCAAUUACAAGAACAAAGAAAAUGCAAUUACUUGGGACAAACUUUAUCUUCGAGCAGAGCGCGUGGCAUAUGAGCUCACAAAGCAUAAACUGUACAAAAUGGCUAAAGUUCUUCUCUGGUUCAACAAGGAUGAUCUCGUUGAGUUUACGGUCUCGCUUCUUGGUUGUUUUAUUGCUGGCAUGGUUGCUGUUCCAGUAUCACUUCAAACCUACUCUCUUAGUGAGAUUACUCAAAUUGUUGGCCUUACUAGCGCGACUUUGUCUCUCAUAUCGGAGGACUGUCUCAAGCAAAUUGAUCAUUUAGAAUACGGUGACAACUCCAAGAUCAAACUCACUAAAAAUGGAUUUCUCUCUCAAAUGACUUUCGUUAUGACCGAGGACUUGGGAAUUUACUCGAAGGCCAAAAAAAAUAAACCAACAUUUGAUAUACCUAAUGUGUCAUACAUUGAAUUUACAAGAACUCCACUGGGCCGUCUCUCUGGUGUUGUCAUUAAGCACAAAAUUUUAACCAAGCAACUAGAGACGAUGGCCAGCAUAUUGAAUUCAAGAAGACAACCGCAUUGGACCACAGGGGACGUUAAAAGGUCAUAUAAAAAUAGAAGGACCAACUCGCGGUAUACAGUACUGAGUAGUUUGGACCCUACGCGAUCCACGGGGCUAAUCUUUGGUGUUCUCUUCAACAUCUUUACUGGCAAUCUUUUGUUGACCGUUGAUGAUCGCCUUCUUCAACAGGCAGGGCUUUAUGAAAACAUUAUCAAUAAACAUCGAGUCAAUAUUUUACUCAAUGACCAAUUGCAGCUAAAACAAGUUGUCAUUAACUACUUGGACAAUCCGGCAAUGGUGACCUCGAAAAAGAACAAGAUAGACAUGUGCUGUGUCAAAUGGUGUCUCACAUCUUGUACAAAUAUAGACACGGAGGUUACCGAUAUGAUUGUUCACAAGUGGCUCAAAAAUUUAGGCUGUCUAGAUGCAUCCCAAUGCUACUCCCCCAUGCUUACGCUAUUAGAUUUUGGCGGUGUUUUCAUUUCUUUGAGGGAUCAGCUUGGUCAUUUGGAAAACUUCCCUAUUCAUGACCCUAAGCUGCGUUUACAAGAUGAGCUAUUCAUUGAUAAAGAACAAUUGAAGGAAAAUGUUGUGAAGCCUAGUAUCACUGCGAUGAUUAAUUCUUCUAGCUCCACAAAAGACUACCUAAGAUUGUCCUGUUUUGGGUUUCCCAUACCUGAUGCCACGGUUUGUAUCGUGAACCCAGACGAUAGCACACUGGUCCCUGACCUAACAAUUGGAGAGCUGUGGAUUUCAUCACCCAGUAUAACAGAUGAAUUUUACCAAAUGGACAAAAUAAAUGAGUUUGUGUUUAACGCGCGUUUGAACUUCAAAAAAAUGACAGAUAUAUUAAAAUGGACUGUCUCGAGCACACAAGCAAUUAAAGAAUCCUUUGAUCGGCUUGAUAUGAUUAUGGAAAUCUGCUCACCGGGAGAAACAUUCAUCAGGACCAAGCUGAUGGGUUUUGUGCAUAACGGGAAAAUAUAUGUUCUGUCUUUGAUUGAGGAUAUGUUUUUGCAAAACAAGCUUAUAAGACUACCAAACUGGUCACAUACAUCAGAUGUGACAAGAGCGAAAGCCCUCGAUAAGGCACGAAAUACAGAAUCUGCUCCAAAAAAAGAAGUGACUGAAAAGAUAGAAUCACUCAAGUCAAAAAGAAUUGUCCAAACCUAUUAUUUGCAACAUGUAACAGAAAAUGUCGUUAGAAUGGUCGACAAAGCUUUGGAAGUAUCAGUAUUUGAACUUCCACAAAACAAGGAAGAACAUUUUCUGAUAAUGGCAAUUGAAAGUCCCUUGGCUAGUAACCCUUCAGCAGCAUUAGUACAGUCCAAUCUGUCAAUGGCGACGCAACAAAAGCAGCAAUUAGAAAAAAAGAUGACUGCGGUCGUAGAGCAGAUAUACAAAAUUUUGUGGAUUUUUCAUAGAAUUCAGCCCUUAUGCAUUCUUUUGGUAGCGCCAGGAUCGCUACCUAGAAGGUAUUGCUCACUCGAGAUUGCAAAUAGCACUGUUGAAAAGAGGUUUUUGAGUGGACUUUUGAACUCGAAGUUCGUGAAAUUUCAGGUUGACAAUGUUAUCCUUGACUUUAUACCACAUUCAAGCUUUGUGAAUGAAAGCAUUUUCUCUGAACAUUUAUCGACAUUGCGUCACGACGCUAUAGCACAGGAUGUGAUGGAUCUAACUGGGAGUGCUCCAGGGGAUACUUGGCAAACGUCUGGUAUUGAUUACCGUGAAAAGUCGUUGGAUUAUAGAACAAAUACCGAUCUAACUCCAUUUCCUAAUAUUCUAGAAAUACUAGAAUGGAGGUCAAGAAAGCACGGUGAUGAGCAUGCUUUUAGCGACGGAGUUUCCAGCGCAUCAUCCUCAGCAGCGAACUCGAAUAGCUUCCACAGCAAGGUUUCUUGGAAAAGCUUCUUAUCUAUUAUUGGGUGUUUUGUGAAAAAGAUUGUGCAAUCUAAAACACCAUUAAAAACCGGUGACCAUGUUAUUGUUUUAUGUGACAAUUCCGUGGAAUAUGUGGCCAUGGUCUUGGCCUGCUUCUAUUGCAACUUAGUUGUUAUCCCAAUCGCAACUUUAAAUGACUCUCAUCCUGUAGAGGAAGUUGACUUUCUGCUAAGUGUAGUGCUCAACUACAAAGUCAGGCGAAUAUUCGUUGACUCCAAAAUGCAGGCCAUCUUGGACGACGGAACAGAUAUAAGCAGGGCUCUUAAACGAUACAAGCAUCUGAUUCCAAAAAUUACAACGUUUUCGAAAAUAAAGAAAAAGGCCGAUGUGUCUUUUAGCAGUUUGAAGGCUUUACUGAAAGAAAAGCACGGAACUAACUCCGUAACGUCGCAAGGUUGUGUUGUCUGGAUAGAUCGCGAACGUGAUAACCAAAAGGAAAUCAACGUAGUUAUGACGCACAAAAUUUUGCUAAAUAUGUGCAAAAUCAUAAAAGAGACACUACAAUUGACCAGCGAUAGCCCUUUGAUUUCAACUUAUAUGCAUACAGCUGGUCUCGGCUUUAUUCAAAGUUGUUUGCUGGGAAUAUACGUCGGUACAACUACUUCCUUUUUUAAUUUCGAUGACAUUUUGAGCGAUGCAACAAGUUUUUUGAUUGCGCUUCAAAAUUUGAAUGUUAAGGACCUAAUACUAAGUCCUGAGAUGUUGUACGCAGUUUUGGACCAAGCUAAUUCCAUAGUUCAAAAAGGGAAAAGUAUGCCCUCCGGUAGAAAAGAUUCAAAAUCUGCUAAACCUGUUGUGAGACCAGAUUUUCUGCGAAAAGUGAUGAAUAUCAUGAUACCUUCAAAGGGCAGGCCGCGCACCAUGGCAAUUCAAAAUACUUUGAAAAAAUAUCCUUCCAUCAUGAUCAGCCCCGCCCAGUUGAAUUAUGUUUACCAGCAUAUUUUCAACCCUCUAAUAUCCCUGAGGUCUUACUUGGGGAUUCCACCAGUCGACAUAUAUUUGGACCCUGUGUCAUUGAGAGAAGGGAUGGUAAGGGAAGUAGAUCCUAAUACUCUGCCUAUUGCGGAGCUGGAUCAAUACUUACACUUGCAAGAUUCCGGAAUAGUUCCAGUAUGCACGGACUUGUCCAUAGUUAAUCCAGAAACGCUUCAGCCAUGUUACGAAAACGAAAUAGGCGAGCUUUGGUGUUGCUCUGAGGCUAACGUCUACGACUACAACAUUAGCCAAAUCAUGCCUGCUGCGCAGCGAAUGGGAGUAGCAAAAAACAAAAGUAGCAGAGGCAGCUUGACCAAGCUGCCCUUCAUCUCGGCCCAAUUCAAGUCCAAGCUUGGUGGUGAAGCCGACAAUGGGCUAUCAUAUCUCAGAACUGGGGACUUGGGAUUCAUCAAAAACAUUAGAUGUACUGACUCUAGAGAUAGCGUGUUGAGUUUGUCGGUAUUAUAUGUUUUGGGCAGUAUCAAUGAAACCAUCGAGGUAUUGGGCUUGACGCAUUUCGUCACAGAUCUCGAAACCACUGUUAAAAAUGCCCACGCGUGCGUCUAUAACUGUCUAGUGGCCAAAGUAGGAGGUUUGGUGAGCUGCGUGGUGGAGUGCCGUGGCAAUAAGACUUACGAAUACUCGAAUUUGACUCCACUAAUUGUGGCCGCGCUGCUGGAAAGAAACGGGGUUGUGCUUGAUCUCUGUUGCUUCAUCAAGCCCCGGUCUAUAAAUUACGCGAUCAAGAAUUGGCAGAACAACCGCAUGACGAUCCUGUCAGACUGGGUAAAGGGUAAACUAAAGAUCGAAACACAAUUCGGAAUCAAUUAUGGCGAAAACAAUGCCAUUUACCUUCUGUCAGAUUUUGACAAUAGGCUGUGA